AUGACGCAAGCGAGAGAAACAAGAGCUCUGUUUGGCGGUGCCAUCACUGUCGAAUUGCCCAAAGGCUUCAUCGAUGCAAGCGACUUCCGACAAGUACCCGACAAUCAAGAGGUGCUGGUUCGCGAUGAUUCGGACAUAAGCCUCAUCAUCGAGGUGCUGCAGCUCGCGACCGACGAAGGAGCCGACGAGAACCUAGACAAGGCCGUCAGAUUCCACUUCUCAUCUCUCGCACAUGACAACUCGGCCAGCAGUUCUACCGUCCACGAAACACACACCAUAUCACAAGCGACAAUACCGCCCGCCACCCCACAACCGGCGACACUCACAGGCACCCAGCUCGUCCGCAAGUUCGGCAAAGCUACCGAGCCAGAAGAGCCUGUCAACAUUCGUGUCGCGCUUUGGAGACUGCCGGCCAAGGGAAUUGAUCUCGUCCUCAGCGUCAAUGAGCCUGGCAAGACGCAGGACACCCCUCAAGCCUCUCAGGCACAAGACGCUUUCGAAUCCGCCGCAGCGUCUCUAUGUAUCCGUGACUGGGAUCUGUUCGCAUAG